UGGGAUCCGUAUUCUAUGCGCCCCUCUCUACCUGGAGUCUAUAUCAUACCCACAGUUCAUCGGCCAUAGCCAUUUAUCCUCUCCUUACUCCCACUCUAAUUGGUAGCCGCCGCCGACGAGGCUACAGCACCGGCCGCUCGAGCGUUGACGCGAUCUCCCUCGACUGGCGUGCGAGAUCGUCCGUCCACAACGUGCCCCCACGCCGUAUUUUCUGACUACCGGGCGUCAACGCCAGCUCUGCUCCGGCUACCCUGAUUUUCCUGGCGCCGGAAUCAGUCCGUUCCAUAUAGAGCCACGAUGCCUUCCAGCUCCGACUCCGACCCUCUGCUCGCGCGCGCCGACGGCGACGGCAUGACGGAAGAAGACGACGGCAUCGACGUCGCGGCGGUGGACCACCGCGGCCGGCCGGCCCCCCGCGCCUCCACCGGCCGCUGGCGGUCGGCGCUCUUCAUCAUAGCGGUGGAGAUCGCGGAGCGGUUCUCGUUCUACGGGGUGUCGGCGAACCUGAUCAGCUACCUGACGGGGCCGCUGGGCGAGAGCAACGCCAAGGCCGCGGCCGCCAUCAACGCCUGGAACGGCGUGGCGCAGCUGCUGCCGCUGCUCGGCGCCGCCCUCGCCGACUCCUGCCUCGGCCGCUACCGCACCAUCCUCAUCGCCUCCCUGCUCUACAUCCUGGGUUUAGGAAUGCUGGCUCUCUCGACAUUGCUCUCCCCCGGCAAUCACAAAUGCAGUAACACCGACGGCGGCACGCCCUGCCCGCCGCCGUCCGGUCUGCAGAUGGCCGCGUUCUACACCUCCCUCUACCUGGUGGCCCUGGCGCAGGGCGGGCACAAGCCGUGCGUCCAGGCCUUCGGCGCCGACCAGUUCGACGCGAGCCACCCGCGGGAGGCCGUCUCCCGGAGCUCCUUCUUCAACUGGUGGUACUUCGGCAUAUGCGCCGGCACCGCCGUCACGCUCGUGUUCCUCAGCUACAUCCAGGACAACAUCGGCUGGGGCCUCGGCUUCGGCAUCCCCUGCGUCGUGAUGCUCUGCGCACUCGCCGUCUUCUUGCUCGGCGCCCCCACGUACCGCUACUACGCCUCCGACGGCAAGCAGCGGAGCCUGUUUGCUCGUGCCGGCGAGGCUUUUGGGGCGUGGCGGAGCAGACGGCGGAAGUCGAGUCCCCUUGCAGUCUCCGAUUCGCAUGAAGGCCGUCGACCCGCAACACAGGCGCCGGAAUACAGUGCUCAGGUCGACGAGGAGGAGCAGGGAGUGGUGAUCAGAAACGCGGACCUCGUCGAGGAAGUCAAGGGCGUCCUCCGGCUGUUCCCGAUCUGGGCGACGUGCCUGAUCUACGCCGUGGCGUUCUCCCAGUCGUCCACGUUCUUCACGAAGCAGGCGGCGACCCUGGACCGGCACGUGGGCAAGCGGGUCCAGGUGCCACCGGCGGCGCUGCAGAGCUUCAUCAGCAUCACCAUCGUGGUCUUCAUGCCCAUCUACGACCGCGCCAUCGUGCCGCUGGCGCGCCGCUGCACGGGCGUCUCCUCGGGGAUCACCAUGCUGCAGCGCAUCGGCGUCGGGAUGGUGCUCUCGCUCGUGUCCAUGGUGGUGGCGGCGCUGGUGGAGACACGCCGGCUCCGGAUCGCGGCGGACGCCGGCCUGGCGGACCUGCCCAGGGUGCCGGUCCCGAUGAGCCUGUGGUGGAUGGUGCCGCAGUACGUGCUGUUCGGCGCGGCGGACGUGUUCACCAUGGUCGGCCUGCAGGAGUUCUUCUACGACCAGGUGCCCGACAAGCUGCGCAGCAUCGGGCUGGCGCUCUACCUCAGCAUCUUCGGCAUCGGCAGCUUCAUCAGCAGCGGCCUCGUGUCGGGCAUCGACAAGUGGACGUCGGAGAGGGGGCCGAGCUGGUUCUCCAACAAUCUCAACCGCGGCCACCUCGACUACUUCUACUGGCUCAUCGCCGCGCUCAGCGCGCUCGAGCUUGUGGUUAAAGAAAUGGAAUGGGAAGCGGCGGCCGAGAGCACCCCGUGGCCAGUAAUCAGUCCAUUUCUUCCUCUAUCUCUCUGUUCUUUCUCUGUCAAAAAAGCCAAAGAUCUCUGCGGUGGAACGAAAGAAAUCGCCUUUGCUCCUGAACGGCCAGCGAGAGCCUGGGCGAUGCUGCUAGUGGAGUACUUAGAGAUUAAUUAGGAUCUUUGGCCGAGAAGAUCUGGAAUAGUAUUGAGCAAAAGUACUGCCAGUACUGCUAUUUUUAUGCUAUGACUUUUUGAGAGUCAUUAAAUCAGGGGGACUUCGUUUGCAGGAGAACAAAUAUUAAUUAAGCCCGUUCUUCCACGCUUCUAUACAGGAGGAGCAUGUGUUUUUAGGGUGCUUAAGUUGACCUUUUGUUAGGAUAUAACCUCUACUAGUCAUUCUUUUUUUUUGACAACUUGAUCCCGCUGUUGUUUCUGCUGAGUGCUAACACAGCAGGGAUAUUUGCUGGCACAUGCCCCUAGUAGUUUGUCACCACUGCUACUAGGGGCAUGUGCGAGCAAAUAAUGGCGCAUUAGAUUAAUUAGGGGCAGGAGUAGUUCUUUUUUGUUGUGUAAAUAAUGGCACUUAGCAUCUGGUAAGCAGGGUUUGGGUUCACACAGUCAUAAACCUACAGGAAUAAAUGCUGAAAUCCAGAUGUUUUGCAAUUAUUCAUUUUCUAGUUAUGCUUUUCUGAAUCCAGUUUUUUAAUUUUUUUUCGUAUUUGUGUUGUUAGUGAAUUACCCAUUUAAUUAUUUUCUUUUUUGCUUCUUUUUUAUGCGCACAGGAGAUGGCUUGUGGAGUUUGUUUAAACCAUUGCAACUAUGAGAGUGAGGGAAGCGGUUUCAGCAUGUAUGUAUAGGAGCACUUCAAAAACGCAGGGGUUGUGCCAUGCAAUGAAAGGGUCCGUUUCAACAACAUGAUGGGAGCGAAGGAGGAGGGGGCGACGAGGAGAAGGGAGACAGUUGCAUGUCCGACAUUAGUCAUGCAAAAAAGUGCACAGACACUGACAUGGAUGACGAAGGAUGCGACCCUGAGCAAAAGAAAUGCAAAAGGCAAAGAGCAGUGUGUUGAAGAUAUAGAGUCAGGAGAGGGAGGAUAUCAUGUAGAAAUCACGUACACGGAAGUGUCGGAGGGCUUGCCUACACUGGUUUGUAACCUCUAAAUAUAUUCAUAUUUCUUCUAGAGUUUUAGUAGUUGAUACAGGACGUUAACUAGGAAACACAUGAUCUUUAACUUGUUGUGUUGCCAUGUCUCCAUGCCUUUUUUGCUGUAGUUUUAAAAUAGCUAAUGCAUGAAUUUUGUUAACUAGCUACUUGAUGUCUAUGUAAGUUGCUAGUUGACUUGCUGAAAAAACAUCCAUAAGUUCCUGUGAUCAACUCCAUGAACCAUGGACAGCACCGUUCAAUUUAGCAUACAGUUUCUUGUCUCUA